AUUUGCAAACAGUGAAAACAUAAAGAGUUUGGGUUAAUUGAUUAUUAAUGGAAGAAACCUUCUUGGCUACAUGAACGAGGGCAGGUUAGGCCAUCAAUUUUACAUUAAUCAAUUUGGGGCGGCUACAAUAACCCAGGUGGAGAUGAAAGAUUAACUGUCGUUAAUUAAAUAAAUCAAUACUUCAGACUAAUUAAAUUAAUUAUCAGUUCAUCAUCAGUUUCAAAAAAUUUUAGUCCUCCAUCAUUUCUCCGAAGCGAAGCAGCAAAAAAUUUUUCAAACCUUUCUCAUUCCCUUCACUACUUGAAGCCCAGUACUGAUUUCUUCUCCUUCACCCACAAAAGAAUUAGACUUUGUUUGUGUGUUGCCUAGUUAGUUGUGAAGAUGUCCUUCACCAAUUAUGAGUUGUGGAGAGAUUUUGCCAUGGAUUAUUGUAUUCGAAUUGUAUCAGAUGAUAUAGAUUCAAUAAGGCUCAAAUAUCCGGAGGAUUCGUGGAGGUCACUUCUCUGGGCCAAACUGAAGGAUAAGUGCAGUUUGAUGAGAAUCUUUUAUUCGUGUGGGAAGAAGUGGGGGAAUGGUGUGGAAUGUGCAUCUGCAUUGUGUUCUUUGGAGCAGAAUAUUCUGAAGCAUUCUCUCGAAAUUCAGUUUGUUUAUCUCACCUUCUCAGAGGCUUUUGAUGAUUGGGUGGCAUUUGAAAACGACAAUUAUGAUUUCUUCCGCUGGGUUACUUGUUUCAUUCACCAACAGGAGGAGGCAAUUAUGGAAGAAACAGAGGCACUGCACCAGAUUCUCUCAUGUGGCAUCUUGGACACUACUAGCUCUACUUCUCAAACUGAAAUGGAGGAACUCCUAGGUAUCAUUGAUUCUAUCCUUCUUCUUGAGUUUUACAAUGUUUGCAGAACUGAUGACCUGAAAGAAAGUCUAAGAUUCUUGAAGAAUUUCAUUCUUUUUGUCGCGUCUCGAGGGCUUGUGCCCAAGCAUAUGGGAGAUCUAUUGAUACACGCCGGAGGCGUGGUGGUUGAUGUUGCUUGCGUCAUUUUCACUACUUUCAUUGCCCUAUAUAUAGAGUCUCCUGGUUGGUCUAAUCUUUACAAACUUAUAGAUAGAAUUGAGCCUUUUGAAUCUCGUGUUUGUGAAAUGUAUGUUGGAGUCCUGCAACAAGCUUCAGAAGUGUCAGAAUCAUCCAACUAUAUGGCUCCAGGAUGCCAAACACUAAUGCUGGCCGAUUUUGUUGAUUCUCUCCUCUUCCUUCUUUUCCAUCUAUUGUUCCGUUGUACAGAUCAUUUGCACAUCUUUGACCGUCAAAUAUACAAACUAUAUAAGGGGCUCAAAUUCUUAAGAACCACUCUGAGAGAGGUAUAUGAUAAGGUUGAUGAGUUAUAUGACCAAGAAAUGCAUGACCUUAUCGGAUCCUUGAUUUGUGAGGCAGGAGUCGUAGUUUGCUAUCUUUUUGUUGGAAAGAAAGAAAGAAGCUUGGGUGAAAAAUUAGAUCUUCUUAUUUCAAAAUUUGACGAAAAAUUGAAGUUUGUUAACUCGGAAGAAGAUGAAGAAGGAGAGGCACCUAGAUGUCAACUAUCAGCAACAUUUCCCCAUACAAACUUGUUGGGGUUCAUUGACUCUAUCUUGGAGAAAAUGAAUCCUGUCAAUCAACAUGAGGCUCAUUUAGUAGUUGCUUCAGUAAAGAAUAAGCUUCAAAUUGUCCAUGAUGAUCUUGCAUUUCUCAGAUCAUUUUUGUUGAGCAUUAAAGGGAAGCACGAUGAAGAUGGGAAGCUCUACGAUCUCUGGAAACGUGUUGCUAAGGUAGCCUAUGAGACAGAGUUUGUCCUUGAUUUUCUAGUAGUUGGAGGCGUUCAUCAAAGCUUCAUUGUGCUCCUUCAUACCAUCAUAGCAGAGAUAGAACUGAUUAAGAAAGAAGCAUCUGGAAGUUCCCAUAGCAUAAGGCAAAUCAUCAAAGUCCAUACUAUAGCUAUAACUGACAGUAAAAAGCCUUUUGCAGGUAAGAUCCCAGAUUUUGAUGAAGAUAUUGUGGGGUUAGAUGAUGAGUCAGAGAAGAUAGUUUGGCGACUCAAAAGAGGUACAAAAAAUUUGGACAUUGUUCCAAUAGUUGGUAUGGCCGGGUUAGGAAAAACAACCUUGGCCAAGAAAGUCUAUCGUGAUCCCUCCAUCACCUUUCACUUUCAAGCUCAUUUAUGGUGCACUGUUUCGCAAGUAUGGAACAGGAAAAGUUUGUUGAUAGCUAUUUUAAAUAGCCUUGGUCAGAAAUCUGUUGAGGAGCUUUCAAGAACGAGUGAAGAUGAUUUGGGUGAUGCACUACGCAAAUAUUUGAAGGGAAAGAUAUAUCUUGUCAUCUUGGAUGAUGUUUGGGAUACUGAAGUAUGGAGUUGUUUGAAAAAUUCAUUUCCAGAUGAUAGUAAGGGAAGUAGAAUUCUCAUAACCAGUCGAUCUGAGAAUGUUGCUUUGGGAAUUAGAACAAAUAGUAAACCUCUUCAUCUUCGUUUACUCACCUUUGAUGAGAGUUGGGAACUCUUUCAAAAGAAAAUGUGUUUUGUAGAGGGGUGUCCUCCUGAACUACUUGCACGAGGCAAGGCAAUUGCAACACGUUGCAAGGGAUUGCCAUUAAUGAUUUUAGUUGUUGCUGGAGUUCUUUCAAAUAUGGAGCCAGGUAUUUGGGAAGAGAUUGAAGAAAGUCUAAAGAAAGGUAAUCUACCUACUACAGAAGAGUGCCAGGAGAUUAUAGAGUUGAGUUAUAAUAAUUUGCCAGAUCAUUUAAAACCGUGUUUUCUCUACUUAGGGGCAUAUAAAGAGGAUGAAAAAGUGCUUGUUCGUGAAUUACUAUGGUUGUGGAAGGCAGAAGGCUUUGUGAAUAAAACAGAAAGGGUGUGCGAAGAGGAUGUUGCAUAUGGUUACAUGAUGGAGUUGAUACACAGAAAUCUAAUUAUGGUUGCUGAGACAGGGUCCAGAGGUAGGGUAAAAUAUUGUGUUCUUCAUGAUGUAUUACUGGAUUUCUGCAAGACAAAAGGCAAACACGAACACUUUUUGCAUAGCUUACAUGGACAUGAGCUUGGGAUUUACAGUCAGCCGAGCAUGUUAUACCGUUUGCAUGUUAACCAUGAAAGUAUAGUGGAUUUUGCAGAGUCAAGGCUACUUUUUCCUUAUUUACGGACUCUCUUGUUCAACGAUAAUUGUGGAAUGAGUCAUGCAUCAAAAUGGUAUGAUAUCCUGUACAAUUUUUGCCAGUCCAAACUUUUAAGAGUUUUGGGUUUGAACGGAAUCUUUGAAUUCAGUUUCUUUCCAAGCGCAAUUCAACUACUUGUUCACUUGAGGUAUUUGACCCUGACCAGUGUAGGUGAAAUACUUAAGAUCCCAUCAUCAAUUGCCUGUCUCUCAAAUUUGGAGACUUUUAUUGUUCUAAAAGGUUUUGAAGUCCUGCUACCAGAUACUCUAUGGAACAUGAAAAAGUUAAGGCAUAUGAAAGCAUCAUGUUUGCUGUGGAAAUUGCCUACAGGGAAUUCUGAACAUCUUUCAAGUUUAGAGAAUUUACAGACCCUUUCUUGUGUAUCAUAUUCUCAUGACCAGACAUGGAAGGAAGUAAUUAGAAAGCUUCCGAACAUUCGUCGACUUAAAUGCGGUCUCUCCUUGGUUGAGGAGCAAGAUGGGGCCUUGAAGAUUUUUGCAUUGGAUUUUUUAAGUCAACUUGAAUCACUCCACAUCACCCAAUGGGGUGAUAAAUGUGUUGAUCAGUUUCAGCUGCCGCAGAGUUUAAAAAAGCUAACUCUAUCACAGCUUAAUCUUCCAUGGAGUGAAAUUUCAGUAAUAGAUAAACUACCAAAUCUCGAGGUUCUCAAGUUAUUGGAUGGUUCAUUUACUGGGGAAACAUGGUCGGUUGAAGAAGUCACAUUUCCCAAGCUCAGAUUUCUCAAAUUGGAAGGCCUGGAUUUAGUUAGCUGGACAAUUGAUUCAGAGGACAGUUUUCCCUUUCUUGAGAUCCUAGUGUUGAAUUAUUGUGAGUUGUUGGAGGAAUUACCUGUCUGUUUAGCCGAAAGUUCAACUCUUCAGAUGAUUGAGGUGUGUGGAUGCGACACCGCCGCUGAUUCAAUAAACCAAAUUCAAGAAAUGAAGACAGAGUUUGGAAAUGAGGAUCUGAAGAUACUUAUCGAAUGAUCUCGUGAGACCCUAUCAUGUUUGAUAGAGAGAAGACCGGUCGAGACCCAAUGGAUCAAGGAGUAAGGAGGCUGCGCUAUAUACGAUUGUGCUUCUGCAGAGUUUGUGUUUUUAAUAUGUUAGUCAUGUAAGGCUUUGUUACCUGUAAAGGUUGAUUUUUGUGAGCUUUUCAUUGGUGUCAACUGUGCCGUGGAAAGCUUUUUAAUUUUAGGUUUGACUCAUUUGAUCGGCUAUGUGAUCUCUAUAGGUUAUUACCAGUCUGUUCUUUGCUGUGCCAUUGUUCUUUCGGGCUCAAGCUUGUUGGAUUUGAAGCAGACCUGCUUGGCAUAUGUAUGCAGACCGAGUAAAGUACAGACCUCUUGGGAUUUUUCUGCUUUUUCAUUUUCAUUCUAGAUUUAUGUUGUUUGAGCUUGCUUUACAAACCUGAAACCUGAUUGAUGUGGUUUGUUCAUAAUCAUAUAACCUACCAUUUUCAUCAUCCCCAUCAAACAAUCUUUCUGGUUUGAAUUCCG